GUCCACCAACUAGGAAGUGAGACGCAGAGAGACAACCUGUUCAUAACGCUGUAGUUAUAGAGAUGGCGACCACCAAGAAACUGACAGACAACCACCUCACCUGUGUCAUCUGUACGGAGGUGUUCACACACCCUGCCACACUUCACUGUAAUCACACAUUCUGUAAGUCCUGUCUGUUGAAAUACACCAACACACAGCCUGAAGCAGUACAAGCCAAGUCCAUCCCAUGUCCCUCCUGUAGACAACUGACGAAGGUGACCACCCCUGACAGUCCAGUGGAGGAGUGGGUCAGUCAGCUGAAACCAAGCCACGUCAUACAGGGACUGAUGGACGACUUUGGACCAGGGACAGAACCUGGCGAUGUUAAUAACUGCAGUGUUUGCCCAGCGACAGAAAGGGUUGUAUUCACACACGACAUGGACAAGCUGAGUAAAGCAGUGGAUGAGCUACAGCUAGGGGAUGUUGAAGUUGUCCGUGGUGUAAGUGACCACCAGUCUACCCCUGUUCUACAUCACACUCUUGACUGUCAGGCAAAUGAUGGGGUUUCUCGUUUGUAUGACGUCACAUUGUUGACUGUUGAGGGUAUAAAAAUAACAGUAGCUGCAGAUUACUUUAAUAAGAAAGUCAAAACUUUUCACACAUCAAACACAAAUACGCAUGGCUAUCAUCUCCUACUUUCAAAUAGGCCUUGGCAAAUUGCAAAGUUAAGUGAGAGUCGGAUAGCUGUCUGUGUUCCAGACAGUAAGGGAAUAGUUACAGUGGAUGUUCCUCCACAUCCUGUAUUGCUGUCAACUAUGAAAACAAGAAAAAAGUACUUCGCUCUAGACUGUCUUAGUCCUUCACAGCUGGUAGCAGGUACAAACCUACAGUCUCACUCUGUGGACAUACUGGACAUGACAGGGAAGAUACUGAAGUCUAUCAACACGGGUGUCAUAGGGAAUCCAGACUAUAUCCAUGUCACCAGAAAUAACAACUUGAUAGUCAGUGAAGGAUUAUUAGACUCCCUCGUAUCUGUGACCAGUGAAGGAGAAGCUGUUUUCACCUACACUCCCACAGGGGACAGAGAUUUGAAACGACCACAGGGUAUCACAACAACCAGCACAGGAGAUAUCCCGCUUGUAGACCGCAUCUCCCACAAGGUGAUUCAGCUGACCGGGUCGGGUCAGUUUGUCAGAGAUGUCCUCACACAACAGGAUUGUCUGGAAUCUCCUCGUGGUAUCUGUCUUGAUGGGGACGGAUUUCUGUAUGUUACAUGUAAGCAUUGUGUCAGAGUAUUCAGAUUUAAAUGAAAGAUGCGUGUACAAAGUGAGACAUGCUUAGAAUCCGUGCCGAGUUUAAUGACAAGAAACCAUUCCAGCGUCAAAGAGCACCGUUCACCAUUUUUCGAAAGUAAGUCCCAAAAUUAAUACAUUCAUCAAAUAUUGGAACAGGCUGUCACAGAGAGAAACCCCAGUUCCUGGCCCUACGUAGUAUACAUAAUUGCAGGAUGACCUGCUGUAAUAUAACUGUACCACAUGACCACUUCUUUUCAAAUACUGUGUUUGGAUUAUACAGUCAGUCAGAUAUGUCUGCCUAUGAGCAGUGACAUACUAACAGAAAACAGAGAGUGGCGGAUUUCAUGUUAUUGCUAGGCCUGUCAAUCACAAUCGCGGCAAUUUCACCAGGGUUCCAAAAUAAUUUCUUAUAAUAUACUGUUGGUUUGUUAAAUCAUACUGUUGCUUAUAGUGGACGCUUUAAUGAGUGAAUUAUUUGGGAUUGAAUUUUUGUUUGUUUGUUGUUUAACGCCACACACAGCAAUAUUCCAGCUAUACGGCGGCGGUCUGUAAGUAAAUAAGUAAGUAAUCGAGUCUGGACCAAACAAUCCAGUGAUUAACACCAUGAGCAUCGCUCUACGCAAUUGGGAUCCCCUUAGCCGCCUCUUACCACAAACAUGGGUUGCUGAAGACUGUUUCUAACCCUAUCACAUGUUUGUUUUAUUCUUGGUAGCACUAUUCCUGCUUCUUGGUGGUGGCGUGUAAACCGUAAUACUAUAAUCGACCAUAUAAUCAAAUGAUUGAUAUUAAGAGCAAUGACUUAGGACUACAAUGAUCAAGGAUGUCAUAGAGACAGACCGCUUCCUGCACAAUGUCGUAACUUGCUACACACAGGUUGGUGGGGGCAUAUCUAUCCUGAAUCCAAGUGUGGCCUUGAUUAAAAAUGGAGGAAAAACAACAUGAAAUGAAACUAUAUGUUUAAAGUGUAUCUCGUUAGUGUUUUUGUAUCUGUUAAUGAGACAAGGGACUAGACAAUGUAGAAUCCUAACAAUGUUUACCAAACCAAAGUAAAAUUAAACAUAUUACACAGUG